GGAUUUUCAACAGGCUGUAACUUAUACAAAAAUGGUCGUACAGCAAAAAAAUAAAAAGCAAAUUGUAGCUCUUAAGUGUUUAGUUUUUGGAUCUGAGUUUGAAAAUUUUUUUUGAAAAUAUUUUUCGAGUAAUCAUAAGAAAACCACCGAAAAAAAAAUUUUCGAAUUUUUUUUGGGUUUUUUUUAAUCUACGGACGUGGAAAAAAAUUUUUCGACUCAACCUCCAUAUGGACCGGAUAGCUUGUUUAUUCAGAUUUAAUUUCGUUUUUUUUAAAUCUCGAUACGAGCAUUUCUCGCUGAGAUAUCGAUGUUUGAAUGGAAAAAGAUCAUUUUGUCUUUGAUUACCAAUAUCUCAGCAAACAAUGAUCGCACAGAAAUUUUCUUAAUUUUUGUGCAUAGUAUAUGUGGUGGGAUGCUGGAGUAGGAAUUGGUAACAAGAGACGAACUGACCUGUUGCGGUGAGCGAUGAGAUGCGAUUGCACUGGCACUGAGCACUUUGAGGCACUGAAUUUAUGCACUUGUGAAAAACACUACGCGACACCACUCGAGUAGUCGGUUAAUGUUAAUAAAGUUAAUGAGAAUUAGGGAUUUAUUGCUUAAUACAUGUGCGCACCCGUUCAGUGUUAGCGGGCAGAGAUAAGACGAGAGUGUGUGUCAUGGCCGACGCUUUUCGUAGGACGUCCGGCUAUGGUCUCAGUGUUGCCAUUUUCGAGACAUCACGCAUUCGCGGGAACAAAUACUAUAUCAAAAUAUACCUGUAUAAUUACUAAUAUUUCGAUAAUCCGUUUCUAGGAAAUGAAGUCGACAUAACCUAGUAUUUCUGGCUUAAAGUUAGGUCUUCUUAUAGCUUUUGGCCAUUUUUUUCAGUUAUUCACACCUGCAGGAAAUUGGUGAGCGCCGAUUUCUUUACAAAAGGGCACUUCACAUUUCUUUGGCAUCUUGAAAAUAAUUAUUUUACCAAAUACACUCCACAAAUUUUUUUUUUUUGGUGAAAGUUAGCUAGCGCCAAUUUGACAGUUGCCAACCAUUGAUUUAUUCAUUUUAACACGUUGCUGCGGCACGAGGUCAAUUGACCCCGUACGUCUAGCGUCUUCGAGAGUUACGAGGUCGAUGGGACCUCGUACUACACCACGUAAAGUUUUAGUAUGAGGUCAAAAACCCUCGUGCCGCACCAGAGGAAAGUACAGAAAUACCAGUGCCGCAGCGAACGUAUUAAUAGGUUGAUAAUAAAGACCAAAAUAGUAAAUAGGCCAGCCUUGAAGGCGACAGUGAUCUACUGUUGCCUUCAAGAACGUCAACAAAUCCUUUUCUUUCAGUGACGUCAUUAAUUGAUGGCACUGUAUUUUCACAUAGCCUUGUAACAUCUAAAGUUCAAAUCGCUUCAGUAUACAGCGCGAUGUUUAGUCCGACAGUUGAUAUAGCAUAGCCAAUUACAUAUAGUGUGUUUAUGAAGAUUCGGAACUGAAACUAAAGCACUCGUUGUGAUUCAAUCUAUUCGCCUUUAAUAAAUUUUCCGCGGUUUCAUCCGCGUAGUUCCGUUUCCCGUGAAAAUACGAGGAUAAAAUAUUGCACAUGCCACCCACUUUUAACGUGGUUGGCAGCAGAUCACUGUUACCUUCAAGAACGUCAACAAAUCCUUUUCUUUCAGUGACGUCAUUAAUUGAUGGCACUGUAUUUUCACGUAGCCUUGUGACAUCUAAAGUUUAAAUCGCUUCCGUAUACAGCGCGAUAAUCAGCGCUGCGGUUUUAAUUAAAUGCAAAAUUACAAGAAAUUGGUCUGUCUGCCAUUUUAUGGUCUUAUUUUGGUUACAGUUUGAUUUGUUAAUUAAGUUGUCCUGACAAGUGUUGUGAAUCAUAACCAUUGUUUGACAUAAAUUUUCUUAGAUUUGUUAUUAUCACUUCGGUUAAAACAGCCGCGUUCGCGCUCACAGUUAAACUGCUGACACAGCGCUACCGUCCGCGUUUUCUUACCGGCCUCGCCGCGCGAGUUACGAUGGCCUACGUUAUUUGUUGCGUAAGACGUAAUAAAUAAGUGAUUUGUAAUAAAAUAUAAUUUACCUACACUAGUAUUAUUAAAUACUAGUAUUAUACUGAGAAUGCGAUGUCUUUUAACCCGAUUAAACCCCGGCGCUCCCCGGUUCCCGGACCAGGCAAUGUGACCGACGACUCUCCAGGAGAGAGUUCUCAGGACCCUGCCGAAGUUCAUGCUACUGGAAACAGAAAAUAUGUGCAACAAGUCUUACAUCCAAGUUUCUUCCAACGUGUAACUAAUUCUGUAAGUGAUGUUGAAGAAUCUCGUAUCGUUGGCGAAAAAGCUGCACAAACUACAAGCACAGAUAAAUCAAACUACAAAAAACGUCCUAUGACAAGCCCUACCAACAAUUUCAAUGCACAAAAACAGACCAAGUUUAAAAGUCAAGCAAUUCAAACCUCCAACUCUUUUGAAGAGUUGGAUCUAGACGCUGAAGACAAAGAAUCAGCCGUCCCAGCUGAGAAAAUCCCAAGGCCCCCUCCAAUAUUUGUGGAUGGAGUAGAAAACAUCGCACCUUUAAAACAGCUUCUAGACAAAUAUGCAAGUAAAAAUUAUGAGCUAAAAAUAUUAAGCGGCAAUAGAGUAAAGAUUAUAUUCGAAACUCAAGAAGUCUACAGGGAAGUAGAGAAACAGCUGGAUACGAGAGGUACAGAUAUAAACCAAUACACAUAUAAACCUAAUCAAGAACGAUCAUUUAGGGUAAUCCUAAAGAAGAUUCACCCUUCCACUGACUUAGAAGAAAUAAAGGCAGCUCUGCUAGAUCUUGGACACGAAACAGUUAAUAUCUGGAAUAUAAAACAAAGAAUAUCUAAGAAACCACUUCACAUGUUCAUAGUGGAACUAUCUCCACAACAAAACAAUAAAGAAAUAUACGACGUCAAAAGCCUUCUAAACUGUCGGAUAACAUUUGAACCUGAAGACUGCAUACGCAAAGAACGAUCAGACUCAGUCAAGUGUGUAUUAUGUGGUGGAAAUUAGCCGGCAAAUUACAAGGGAUGCAGUGUCUAUAAAGAACUACAGAAGCAGAAAUAUCCUCCUCUACGCCCUAAAAUACCUGCUACAGAAUCAGGACAGCCUAAUAUACCAAUCAAUCCUAUAACGCUGAGACAACAACGGCAAAUGCUUGAAACGAGCUAUGCAGAUAUCCUUAAAAACAAAUCUCAACCAAAAAAUUAUUCUAAUAUCCAAGAAUCUUCCGAUAAUCAAAAUGAUAUGAAGAAUCUAAUAAAUAUGUUCAAUCAAAUUAUGAAUCAAUUAUGCACCGUGACAAAUCUACUCACCAAUUUAAUGACAGUCAUGUGUCAACAUUCGAGCAGCUCAAAAUAGUUUUAUGGAACCCAAAUGGCCUGUCACACCACUCUUUAGAAGUUAAACUAUUUUUAGAAACAAAUUGCGUAGUAUCGGAAACCCACUUCACACAAAAGAUCUACUUUAAAAUCCCGAACAUGAUGGUUCACGAUGGUUCUGCUAACAGUUGCAGUCAAAAUUGCUGCGCAUGAUUACUAAUGCUCCUUGGUACAUCAAAAAUGAUCGGCUGCAUCGUGAACUAAAAAUUAAAACUAUAAAGUCAGAAGUUGCACACUCAAUGAAAACAUACCAAAAGCGUAUUCGUUCACAUCCAAAUCAACUUGCAAGAAACCUAAUGAUGAAGAAACCUGGUACAACUUUCAAAAGGCUCAAGAGACCGAGCACCACAAGAUUAUUUUUAUUAUUUUAUUUCUUAGGGAUAGUUAACAUUUACAUAUUAUUUCUUAAAUCUAAAAGUAAACGUAAAAAUAGUUUAAACAUGUAAACAACGAUACUAUCCACGAAUACACAUACGAAAAUAAUGGCGUCACAAAAUACACAAACAAAUCAAUUACAAAAAAAAAAAAAAACAAACAAACAUAAAUCUAUAUAAAAAAAGAGAGAAUUAUAACAAUAAUAAUUAAAAAUACAACGAAACACAAAUAGGUAAGAAAAAAAAUGUAAUAAUAACUAUAAUAAGAGAUCUAGUAAUGAGAAUUAAGACACUAUUACUACUCAGGUACAGGGAUAUUUAAUUUUUGAAGUGUGAUUGAGAUGGCCUUUUUAUAUUGGGGUUCGGACAAGGCAAAUACGUCUACAUCGUCAAAUAGCUUGUUGUAUGUGUCCACAAGUCGACGCACAGGCGCGCGCUUUCCAGCGUUGGUUUUACAGAAAUUGACAGCGAAUAAAUUAUAAGCACGCACCCGACGUUGACCUGCGUACUUCAAAACAUUUACGGCCGGUUCACACAUGUCUCCGUUUUACUGUUCCGUUUAUCGUGUACGUUUUUUUUUCGUCGAUGGCGUAUGUAGUUGUAUGAGCGACUUCACACAUGGCACAGUAUUCUGUAUACAGUAAAAAAUAUCGUUCCGUAAAAAAAUGACAUUCCGUUUUGUCAUCGAAUACUGGACGCCGGAACAGUAAAAAUAUACGGAUACGUAGAAUUUUAACGGAUUGAUACUGUGUGCGUGGCGGGCGGUGUGUGCGGGGUGUAGGAGGGGGAGUGAUGCGAGUUGUUUGACUAUUUUCCAUUGUACAUUCCUAGAGAACGCGCGCGUCCAUUGUGUGUAAUAAUUAUUAUAAUCACUGAUCAACCAUGUCAACCAAGGAGUGGGAAAAGUUAAUAGACAAGGAAAUGUUAAUUAGUUUGGUGGAAGAUAGGCCAGUCCUUUGGGACAAGACGCUGGAUAAAUACAAAGACAAUACUGCAAGUAUUGCAGGUUGGCGAGAAAUAUGCAUUAUUCUAAUGGAGGAUUUUGAGGCUAUGGAACAAAGACAAAGACAAGAGUUCGGAAAACUUGUUAUGAAAAAGUGGAGACAGAUGAGAGAUGCCUGGGUGAGAACACUAAAAGAUAAAAAGAAUUGCAAGACGUCUGGUUCCGCUGUCUCAAACACGAAGCCCUACAAAUACCAUAAUCAGAUGCUGUUUUUGAAAAAAGUAGUUGCUGCUGGUGAAACGCACGAAAGCGUCUCUGCUAAACAAACUAAUGAACACAUCGAAGAUGACACCACGACAUCGAAUGAACCUACAAACGAAGAUGACAGUGUUACUGCAAUGACACAACUUGACAAUGACAGUCAAAAGGACAAACAAAAUCUAGCCCCCCCGCCAAAACGCAGAGCACCAGCCAAAAGAAAUUUUAAUGAAAUUGAUGCCAAAAUGAUGUCCUACAUUGACUAUCAGAUAAAACCGAAGAAAAUUGAGCAGGAUGAUCGCAAUUUAUCGUUCUUCAAAGGUAUUUUGCCGUCCUUGGCUUUGCUUGAUGAUGACCAAACUUUGGAAUUCCAGUCAGGGGUGUUAAACCUAUUACAAAAUAUUAAACGUAGAAGAGUUGGCCAGUCAACUUAUGACUGGUCAGCCUAUACACAAACAUCUGGUGCUAGUCACUAUCAAUCCCAGGGCUAUUUUAGCAGACCACAGCCUACUGAUAGUGCACUAUCGCCAGUACAACCUGUAUACAGUGAUGCUAGCAGACCACAGUCUACUGAUAGUGCACUAUCGCCAUUACAAUCUGUAUACAGUGAUGCUACGUUAGAUCUGUCUGAGUUUUAAAAAUAAAAGUACGUACCUUAAAAA